AUGGCGGCGGAGCCGGGCCGGGCCGAGGAGGAGGCCGCGGAGGAGGAGGCCUCGCCUGCCGCCGCCGCUGCCGCUGCCGCCGCGUCCCCGACCCGCCGCCUGGCGCCGCCGGCCUCGUGGCUGUCUGCGGAGGGCGGCCUCCCGGCGGGUCUGGGCCGGCGCUUCCCGGCGCUGGAGGUGCUGGACGUGAGCGGGACGGGGCUGGCGGCGCUGGGCGCGGAGCUGCUGGAGCUGCCGCGGCUGCACACGCUGCUGGCCAAGAACAACCGGCUGGGCGCCGAGGGCUCGCUGCCCAAGGGCCUGGCCGGGGCCCCCCUCGCCCGCAGCCUGCGCGUCCUCAACCUCAGCGGCAACCGCUUCACGCGAGUCCCCGGCGCGCUGCUGGGCCUGCGCCGCCUCCGGAGCCUCAGCCUGGGCAGCAACCGCCUCCAGGGCAUCCCGCCCGCCAUCCAGCAGCUCAGCAGGUGAGCAGAGGAGGAGAGGGCCGAGGGAGAAAGGAGACCAGGACGCUGCGUGACCCCCGGACCGGGCUCCGAACCGCAUUAUUAAUGAUAAUAAUAAUAAUAAUAAUAAUAUUUUAUUAUUUGUACCCCAGCCACUCUGGGCGGCUUCCAUAGAAACCAAAAGUACAGUAAAAUAUCACAGAUUAAAAACUUCCCUAAACUGGGUUUCCCUCAGAUGUCUUCUAAAUGUCAGGUAGUUGUUUAUUUCCUCGGCAUCUGGUGGGAGGGCGUUCCACAGGGCGGGGGCCACCACCGAGAAGGCCCUCUGCCUGUGUCCCUGUAACCUCACUUCUUGCAAUGAGGGAACCGCCAGAAGGCCCUCAGAGCUGGACCCCAGCAAAAGGCUGGGCGUUGCAGGAGGUUGGACUAGAUGACCCUCGGGGUCCCUCCCAACUAUAAUUCUAGGAUCAAAAAAAAAAUCUUUAAUGAAAACUAAUUGGUUAAAAGGGACGUGGGUGGCGCUGUGGGUGGUGCUGUGGGGUGAGCUCCCGUUGCUCGGUCCCUGCUCCUGCCAACCUAGCAGUUCAAAAGCACGCCCAAGUGCAAGUAGAUAAAUAGGUACCACUCUGGCGGGAAGGUAAACGGCGUUUCCGUGCGCUGCUCUGGUUCGCCAGAAGCGGCUUAGUCCUGCUGGCCACAUGACCCGGAAGCUGUAUGCCAGCUCCCUUGGCCAAGAAAGUGAGAUGAGCGCCGCAACCCCAGAGUCGGCCACGACUGGACCUAUGGUUAGGGGUCCCUUGACCUUUACCUAAUUUGUUAAAAAAGAAAAGAGGCUUUCAAAGCCUGCCCCCAGCAACACCAGCCAGAGGCUUCCCGGAAGGAGGUUCUGAGCGCACCAGUCUUCCUUCUGCUACUUGUAUGAGACAUAGCCAUCAAUGGCUGUUGUUGUUGAGUCGUUUAGUGGCGUCCUCCUCUUCGUGACCCCCUGGACCAGAGCACGCCAGGCACUCCUGUCUUCCACUGCCUCCCACAGUUUGGUCAAACUCAUGCUGGUAGCUUCGAGAACACUGUCCCACCAUCUCGUCCUCUGCCGUCCCCUUCUCCUUGUGCCCUCCAUCUUUCCCAACAUCAGGGUCUUUUCCAGGGAGUCUUCUCUUCUCAUGAGGUGGCCAAAGUCUUGGAGCUUCUUGCUGGUCAUUGACCGUAUUAAAGAUUUUGAUUUUUUUUUUUUUGUCUUGGAGCUUCAGCAUCAGGAUCUGUCCUCCCAGUGAGCACUCAGGGCUGAUUUCACUAAGAAUGGAGAGGUUUGCUCUACUUGCAGUCCAUGGGACUCUCAAGAGUCUCCUCCAGCACCAGAAUUCAAAAGCAUCCAUUCUUCGGCGAUCAGCCUUCUUUAUGGUCCAGCUCUCACUUCCAUACAUCACUACAGUGGUACCUCGGGUUACAGACGCUUCAGGUUACAGACACUUCAGGUUACAGACUCCGCUAACCCAGAAAUAGUGCUUCAGGUUAAGAACUUUGCUUCAGGACGAGAACAGAAAUUGUGCUCCGGCGGCACGGCGGCAGCAGAAGGCCCCAUUAGCUAAAGUGGUGCUUCAGGUUAGGAACAGUUUCAGGUUAAGAACGGACCUCCGGAACGAAUUAAGUACUUAACCCAAGGUACCACUGUACUGGGAAAACCAUAGCUUUAACUAUAUGGUCCUUUGAUGGCAAGGUGAUGUCUCUGCUUUUUAAGAUGCUGUCUAGGUUUGCCAUCGCCUUUCUCCCAAAAAGCAGGCGUCUUUUAAUUUCGCGGCUGCUAUCACCAUCUGCAGUGAUCAUGGAGCCCAAGAAAGUAAAAUCUCUCACUGCCUCCAUUUCUUCCCCUUCUAUUUGCCAGGAGGUGAUGGGCCCAGUGGCCAUGAUCUUUGUUUUUUUGCUGUUGAGCUUCAGACCAUAUUUUGCGCUCUCCUCUUUCACCCUCAUUCAAAGGUUCUUUAAUUCCUCCUCACUUUCUGCCAUCAAUGUUGUGUCAUCUGCAUAUCUGAGGUUGUUGAUAUUUCUUCCGGACCGUACAGGUCCUUUGCACCGUGUUCUUUCCAAAAGUGGGUAGUGUUGUGAAUUGAAAUUCUGAGCUGAGAGAAAUCAUUACUAUAAACUUUUUGUGUCGCUUUUCUCUCUGUCUUCCAGUUUGGAGUUUUUGUACCUUGGAGGAAACUUCAUUACUUCGAUUCCACCAGAGUUGGCUAAUCUGCCUUUACUCAAUUACCUAGUCCUGUGUGACAACAAGAUACAGAGUAUUCCCCCUCAGUUGGCACAGUGAGUAUUUUGAGCAAUUUAACUGUUUUGAAUAUAUCUAGCUCUUCAGAACCUGGUAACUCCUGCUUCAGCAGGUAUUUGUGUGUAGGAAGAAGCAUGCAAGGUGUUUUGUUGUAUGUGCAAGCCAGUUGUGAUUAGCUGUGGCUUCACAGCACGCUUAUGUCGCAAGCAUAUUGUGCAAUUGUGUCAUAUGACAAUCUGCAUGCAAUUUGUGUGCUAUAGGAAAAGUCUCUAAAUGAAAUCAUGCAUCUUAAUCUCAUUGAUGUGUACUGUUAAAUUUACACAAAAAUGGCAAUACUGGAUCUUGCAGUAAUUCCUUUGGAUUCCUUUGGAUUUCUCAUUAGUCUGUUUAGGGCUGUUUUGUCUAUGCAGUUUUGCAUUCUGUAUCAGCCAUGUUAUUUUGACACCUUUGAAUGGUUUGGAAAUAAUCUCAUGCAGACCUGUGAAGGGAAAGGCGUUAUGUAUGAUCUGAAGUUUGAAGUGAGGUUAUCACAGCAACAAAAACCAGGAUGUAAGCCGUUGGAUCAAAGCAGCAAUCCAAUGCCCUUUGAACAUACAAAGCGCUUUAAACAUACUGCAUAUGUUUGGGUUCUUGAAAGGAAUUUUCAAGGUCUAAUCCCGGAGACUUAGGCUCUCCUGCGGAAAGUGUAAGGGAAAGAGGGACCGGAGGUCUGGAAUUCUGGUAUUGCCUUACCCCAGGUUUUCUGAUGUUUGGUUUCCAGGUUGCAUUCCUUGCGCUCCCUUAGCCUCCACAAUAACCUGCUGACAUACCUUCCUCGGGAAAUCCUCAAUCUGGUUCAUCUUGAAGAAUUGAGUUUGCGUGGGAACCCAUUGGUUGUACGAUUUGUCCGUGACUUGACCUACAAUCCUCCAAGUCUCCAAGAACUGGCUGGACGCACCAUUAAAACCCGCAAUGUUCCUUAUGUUCCUAGUGACCUCCCUGGGAAUCUCCUCCGCUAUUUGAGCCUAGCCAGCAACUGCCCCAACCCUAAAUGUGGAGGUAUGCCCUAUUCCCUGUUCUUGUGGGACAUUCCUCCUACCUUCUUGCACAAGUAUACAGGCACCAGGAGAGGACUCACAGCCACUUUGUUCCUCCCUGUUCCUUUUUACUGCCAUGAUAAGCCAACCUAAGGUUUGAUAAAACAUGUUGCCAUAGUUACACACUUUCCUUAGUGACCAUGAGCAACAUUCAAGAGCAAACCUUGGCUGCAGCUUGUGCUAAUCAUAAGUUUUGGCUUGGAUGACAUGCAAAGCCCAGCCUUGACUUGACUUAGGGCCCAAAUUGCUCAGGCUUAUUUCUAAAGCUGACGCAUGAGGAACUAACUUGCUUUUCACAUGUGACGUUACUCAGUCAAUUUUAUUUAAUAUUAGGGCAUAGCAAUUUAAAGACUAGUACAAAAUAUAUCCCUGUCUGCAUAGGAACCAAUGAUAAACAAUGGACCCUCGGGUUACAUUACCGUCGGGUAACAUAACUUUCGGGUUGCAAACGCACUUCCAGGUUUUGCCGCACACUCUGCGUGCCGCAUGCAUGCGCAGAAGCAGCUCCUCAUGUUGCGGACUUUUCAGGGUAUGCACGGACCCCCAGAACGAAUUAAGUUUGUAUCCGGAGGGUCCAGUGUACUUAACAAACUAGCCCUCAACUUUCAGUAAGGCAACCUUGCAUUUUUCUUGCCCAGAAAAAAAUAACUUUUCUGGAAGAUAAUUUGGAGAAAUAGGUGUUAAAUCAGAACUGUGAGAACUUCAGUUCAUUUAGGAAAGGAGUCAUCACCCUUUUCAGAACAGAGACUGAGGCUGCAGUCCUGUACACAUUUACCUGUGAAUAAGCCCCAAUGAAGUGAAGAGUAGACUUGAAUAGAAUUGUGUCAACAGUGGUUAACUGCAACAUGCACCAUGGGACUUUAUUUAUUUUACUGUUUACAUCUAUCUUUCUCCAUCUCUGUCUCUUCCCCAUUUGUUUUUCUCCUACUUCCUAGUAGGAUUUGUUUUUGUCAUCAGUCCACCUAGUGCAGCAGUUGGCAAUCAGUAGUCCCCUUUCACCUGUUUAUUUAAAAUACCUUCCCAUCCUCAAGAGGGAAAAAGAGAAUGGUGCCACUAAUUCAACCUAGUUAGGAUGGGUCAUAACCCACUUCUGCUUUCUGGCCCAUCAAUUUAAAACCAGAGACAGCCUAAAUCAGCAACAGUGUUUUCCUGUUUGUUAGUGCCUUUUGAAGAAAGAUAAUUAGGGUUUCAUCUAAAAUAGCACUGAGUACAGUAAUGUGUAAUCAGCACAAAGAUUUUGCUUGUGCAAUAGGACUUCCCCCCCUUCCCCUGUGCACCCCUUCAGUCUGUUAAGGGGGUUCCCCCUACCCCUUAGGAACAGAUUUGGGGCGGAUGCAAGGGAAGAAGAGGGGGGAAGUCCCAUUGUGCUAAUGGAAUUCCUUGUGCUGACUGGACACAGUUGAAUAUUGCAUAGGAAUUAUGCAAAUAAGAUACAUGCACACUUUAACUACAAAUAUGAAAGCAUCUGUUGUCUUAAACUACGUUUCUUUUGCCCAUAGGAGUCUAUUUUGACAGCUGUGUCCGACAAAUCAAAUUUGUGGACUUCUGUGGGAAGUACCGCCUUCCUCUGAUGCACUACCUGUGCUCGCCAGAGUGCUCUUCCCCCUGCAGUUCUGCAUCUCAAAGUUCUACUUCCCAGAGUGAGUCUGAUUCAGAAGAUGAAGCCAUUGUUGCAGCACGCAGGAUGCAAAAAGUUCUUCUUGGCUAG